AUGACGAAAAGACAUGCUGACUCUCACCCAACUUUAUCCCUUCACGAGAAGGAUCACCCAUGGUAUAUAAGAGGUUAUCGACCAGAGGUAGCCAACUCCAAGAGAUCUCCUGAUGAGGAUCCUAAAGGCGAGAUCGCAUAUCAAAGAGCAUUCGCCGAUGCUGCAAAGCAAAACCCUCCUAGAGUCCCAAAUCCCUCCUUUUAUCCCAAUUCACCCUCGGCCAAGAGUUACAUCCAAAAGAAUGCUGAAUCCGUGUUUUCGGUGAGGAAGAAAUCCAGUCUUCCAUCCACCCCUGCAUCUUCUUCAUCCCCACAGAGUCAACAAGAACGGCUCCCCUCGCCUCGACACGAGAUCCCGUACUCUUCUCACAAGCCAACUUUGAAUAUCAAACUAGAGCCACCCUCUUACUCCCCCGCUUCCACUUCCAAUGGCUACAGCUUCUCCCCCAUGGCAACCAAACCAGUUGAGGAGCCUCGUCCAUUUGGCAGCAGUCCUCCAAUGACGCUGGAACCAAAACUAGAUGCGCCAAGAGGACCUUCAAAAAUGCUGCGAUGA